CACGACAGCCAUCGUCUCUAGUAUUCUCACUCAUCACGGCCAAAUAGCAAUGACCCACAAUUCUGUCAGUUUCUUAUGCGUAGAGGCUCGAGACUAAGAAUCGAACAGCACUUGUAAUGGAUUAUGCAAGCAAAUGUAGUUUGUCAGUAUGUUAUUUCCAGCUAACGCACAGAAGAAGAAGUCGAUCAUGAAAGGCGAGACUAGGUGGCGGGUAGGAGCGAUUGUGACCUCUCAUUUAAUAACCGAUACAAAAGCGAUCGGUGCGUUUGCUGAGGGUGAAGUGUCCAAUUAUUGUGAGCGGUACGAUGCGACAGUGCGUAAACUUAAGUAUAUUACGACGACACAGGACCUCGAGAUUCUGUUCAGUGAGCGAGAAUGGAAAGUUUUUUGAUUUUGCGGUAGUAAAUCGAGCCGGAUACUUGGACAUACGACUCUAUACGAUCGAGUGCGUAUGCUUUCUCAAUGUUAAUGCAAUCCCAUUAAGCCAAAUUUGUCAGCAAACGGUUGUCACAUCAAUGGCAUCAGCUGAGGCUAUGAGGUUGUACAGCUCUUCUUAAAUUGUUACGGCGUUGUAUAUGUAAUCUGUACUACUCUGUCGAAGAAAAAAAAUCUUCAUCUACUAAGACCAUUGCAUCGGCGAAGAAGUUCGUUAAGUUCUCGCGAACAAAUCACACCACACUGAGUCAGAGUGCUAAAGAUGAUGUCGCUGCUGUAUCUCUAACUUUUACAGGUCUGAGAUUAUGUUUGUUUGAAGUAAAAUCGAACUCUGCUAAACGUAAUAGCUGGCCUGACGCUCUUAAUCGGGGUUCGAUUCGGAGCUCAAUUUGGAAUUAAUAGCCAAUAGUUCAACGCGAAGAGUGAUUACUGAAAAUUUUUACAGAG